AUGCCCACGAGCGCGCCCGAGACGACUACGACGGCCGAGACCGAGGUCGAGCGGCUCACGCGCCGCAACGCUUUCCUCGAGGCCGAGCUGCGCCGGUCGCGCGAAGAGCUCGUGCGCUUUGGCUCGGACGCCGAGCGGUCGGAAGAGCGCCUCACGAACAAGCUGCUCAUGCGCUUGGGCCAGCUUCGCCAAGAGAAGGAGCAGCUUGCGCUUUCGGUCGAACGUGAAGAAGAGUUUCUGACCAACACGCUCCAGCGCAAGCUGCGCCAGCUCCAGCAAGACAAGAUUGACCUUGAGAACAAGCUCGAGACGGAGCAAGAGUUCAUGGUCAAUCGCCUCCAAAAGCAGCUUGAGGCCGCGUUGAACGCCAACCCUGGCAGCCAAAACGCCAUUUUGGACAAGGUCAACCUUGAGAACGAGCUCGAGCAAGAGCAAGAGUACGUUGUGAACCGUCUCCAGAAACAAGUGCUCUCGGUCAAGGUCGAGAAGCGCAAGAUGGAGACGCGCCUCCUCGAAGAGAUGAUGAGCAUGGUCACGCUCCUCGAAGUCCAAGUCUACGCCAACGUGCCGGCAGUGACGGCGCUCGACAACCUCGAGCGCGAACUUCAUGCGAUGAAGGACUCUAUUUAUGUGCGCAUGAAGAAGCAGCAGGCAGCGCCUAUCUCGGACGACAUUUCCGAGACGCACGCCCUCAACAACGAAGUGCUCCUCGAGCAGCUUGCGCCCGGGUUCCACCGGCCCUCGUUCAGCCGACGUGGGACGUUGUAA